GUAGUAGCCGUGGUCGCGGGGCUCAGGCGGCCGCUCGCGAUCGCGACGCUCCGGGCACGCGCACGGCGUGGUGGCUCCAGCCGGACUACUGUACGCACGGGGUCGGGGAUCGAUGGGUCAGGACGGGGCGGCCGGGGACGGCGAGCCCGAGAGCCUGCCCCUGCGGGAGCCGCUGCUCAGCAAACAGCCACCUCCUCCAGAUGGAACUGUCGUCGAGUCCGGGACCACCACGUCGUUUGAAGAUGCCGUCAAACUCACAGGCUUCGGCAAGUUCCACUACCUGCUCAUGCUGGUGUCGGGCGUGUCCAUCAUGGCCGCCAUCAUGGAGAUGAUCGACGUCGGCUACGUGCUGCCCGCGGCUGAGUGCGACCUGGGCAUCUCCCAGGCCGACAAGGGUGUGCUGGGCGCCAUCACCUACAUCGGCAUCAUCUGCAGCGCGCACAUGUGGGGCGUGCUGGCCGACACGACGGGCCGGCGCCGCAUCAUGAUCCGGGCGCUGCUGGCCGACGUGGUGGUGUCCGUGUGCGCCAGCAUAGCGCCCAACUUCGCCACCCUGGUCGUGCUGAGAUUCCUCAACGGUGUCUGGUGAGCGGAGCGACGAUGUGUCGAGGAUAGGGA